CUGUUUUUGAAAUCCUACUGACCAUUCUGUUCCCUAAUAUAAAAGAGGUCUUGUUCUCCGUGUUGGAACAUUGUGUGCUUGAAGUUUUAACGUCUGCACAGUCUGUGAAGCAUCUGCAACAAUGAAGCUGCUUUUGGCAGGCAUUGUCCUAAUUUUCAUCUCUGGAUCCAAAGCUCAGUGGUACAAGUUUCCUGUUGAAGCUGCUCAAGGAGCUUAUGAUAUGGGCAGAGCCUACCUGCACAUGAGAGAGGCCAACUAUAUCGGCGCUGACAAAUACUUUCAUGCCAGAGGAAACUAUGAUGCUGCGCAGAGAGGGGCAGGAGGCGAAUGGGCUGCAGAGGUUAUCAGCGAUGCCAGAGAGUGGGUGCAGGGAAGCUCGGGCCGUGGUCACCUGGACUCAGAGGCCGAUCAGGAAGCAAAUCGUUGGGGACGAGGAGGAGGAGAUCCCAACAAAUACAGACCAGCAGGACUUCCUGACAAAUACUGAGAGAAGACUAUCAUGUGUAAUAAAACUCAUGAUGAAACAUUAAA